AUGGCAUCCGCAAGCGGUGUGAAACCUACUCUAGUCGAUCUCCUCCAAACACCAAUUUCUCAAAGUCUUCCAGCUGAUAUUGUGGAGUCGAUAUUGUUACAACCAUUGUUUCUACAAAUUCCGUAUGCGCUGAAUCUUCGCACAAUAUCGGCUCCUCUUCUCCCGUCAAAUCGGGUAUUUGUCUCCGGUUCUUUGUCUCAUUUACCGUCUUCCUUACUUGCUCUUCUGGAGUCUCAAUACAAUGUUAAGACUAUAUACUCAUUUUUGUCGUCAUCAGAAGAACCAAUACUAAAGCCACCUACCUAG